AUGAUGAAGCCAUCUUCUCCAACCCCAAAAUGCAUGCAAAAAUACCAAUUUUCAUUUAUCGAUCAAAAUACAGUUUUAUCAUUCAUUCCGGCGGUCUUGUUCUACCCUUCAAACCCCACUAUUCCCAACUCGGAAAAAUCAAAGCUGCUGAAGAAAUCCUUAUCGGAGGUCCUCUCCAUAUACCACCCUCUCGCCGGCCGCCGCGUGGGCAAUCUCUACGUUGACUGCAGCGACGCCGGCGCACCCUUCUCUGAAGCCGAAGCAGACUGCGACCUCUCGCUAGCUGUUACCAAUCCAAACCCUAGUAAUUUGAAGAAACUUCUACCCCACGAGACGGAUGAGUUCCAUGAUCUUUGCCUGGCUGUUCACGCCACCUAUUUCCGCUGCGGCGGCCUCGCCGUUGGGAUCCUUCUCUCGCACAAGGUCGCCGACGCAUCAUCUUACCUCUUGUUCCUCAAAACCUGGUCCGCCGUCGCAACAAACGGUGGGGCCGUGCCGCUGCCCAAGUUUGAGCUUGCUGCCUAUGCUCCUCAGUUGGACAUCCUCAGUUGCCAGCCUCCGCCUGGAUUAGCGGAGGGAGACGUCGCCACCACGAUCCUCACGUUCGCAGCAGCGGAGAUCGCCACUCUCCAGGAGAGGUACAGCGCCCCGGGCCGUCGACGUCCGAGUCGGGUGGAGGCUCUCUCGGCUUUUAUAUGGACACGGUUCGUGUCAGCAACGGGCGCUGUAUCUGACCCGGAUCAGAUCUGCAUUGUGUAUAAUGCGAUAAACCUAAGGAACCGGGCCGAUCCGCCCCUGUCGGAUCACCAGUUCGGUAACUUCAUUGCGCCUUCGACGGCUUUCGUGAGGGCUGGCGACAGUGGCGUGGACAUUGUGAGGAAGGUGCGGGAAGCGUCGAAGAGGAUCGGCGCAGGAUACGUGGCCGGGCUGAAGAAGAGGGAGAUGCAAUUGGAAGACAUAAUGGGUCAUGUUCGAGCCAGUGAAGGCGUGAUGGUUAAAAUGUUCUUCUCGAGUCUCUGUGGAUUUCCUUGGUGGCAUGUAGAUUUCGGGUGGGGCAGACCUGCCCGGUUUGGAACCAUUGGGUUGCCCUUCCAGAAUUUGGUACAUUUUAUGGAUACAAAUGGUGGGGAUGGAGUAGAGGCACUCAUUCAAUUGAGCAUACAAGAUAUGGAGAAAUUCCAAGCUCAUUUAUCACUCAAUAGUAAAUUGUAA